ACCAGAAGCUAGCAUUCAAGCUUUUCUGAUUCCAAUUCAUCUACGCAUAAUCUCUUUUCUAUUGAAGUUUCCCUCUCAUUCUCAAGGAAACAUGGUAGCCAAGUUGCCAGAACAAGAGCAUCCCCAACAGGCAUUUGGAUGGGCUGCAAGAGACGACUCUGGUGUCCUCUCUCCCUUCACCUUCUCCAGGAGGGCAACUGGGGAGAAAGACGUUUGUUUCAAGGUCCUCUACUGUGGAAUGUGUCACUCAGACCUUCAUAUGGUCAAGAAUGAAUGGGGCACUUCCACCUAUCCUCUUGUCCCUGGGCAUGAGAUUGUGGGAGUGGUGACAGAGGUUGGAAGCAAAGUGGAAAAAUUCAAGGUGGGAGAUAAGGUUGGUGUGGGCUGCAUUGUGGGGUCAUGCCAUUCCUGUCAUAACUGCGCAAAAAAUCUUGAUAAUUACUGCCCAGAACUGAUACUCACCUAUGGUGCAAAGUACUAUGAUGGAACCACCACUUUCGGCGGCUACUCUGACAUUAUGGUUGCCGAUGAGCACUUCAUCGUUCGUAUUCCAGACACCUUGCCUCUUGAUGCUACUGCUCCUCUUCUUUGUGCUGGGAUCACAGUGUACAGCCCCUUAAAAUAUUAUGGACUGGACAAGCCUGGCAUGCACGUAGGCGUAGUUGGCCUGGGCGGCCUUGGCCAUAUGGCUGUGAAAUUUGCCAAGGCAAUGGGCAUGAAGGUUACUGUAAUUAGCACCUCGCCUAGCAAGAAGCAAGAGGCUGUUGAGCAUCUUGGUGCUGAUUCAUUUUUGGUUAGCCGUGACCAAGAUCAAAUGAAGGCUGCGAUGGGCACAAUAGAUGGUAUAAUUGAUACAGUGUCUGCAAUGCACCCACUUGUGCCUUUGAUUGGGCUAUUGAAGACUAAUGGAAAGCUGGUUUUGGUUGGUGCUCCAGAGAAGCCACUUGAGCUACCAGCCUUUCCUUUGUUAAUGGGAAGGAAGAUGGUGGGAGGUAGUGGCAUUGGGGGAAUGAAGGAAACACAAGAAAUGAUUGAUUUUGCAGCCAAACAUAACAUAACAGCAGAUAUAGAAGUUAUCCCAAUUGAGGAUGUGAACACUGCCAUGGAACGCAUUUUGAAAGCUGAUGUUAGAUAUCGAUUUGUCAUUGAUAUUGGCAAUACAAUCUCCACUACCCACUGAAUUUAGUAUAUUUAUAUAUCUGUAUUUUCAAUUUUCAAAGUAAUUGCUGAGUUUGAGGAUUUUAUACUCUAUACUCUCGUCAUAUCAUAUAUUAUGAGGAGUAACUAAUCUUGAAUAAAUUGAAUUGGUGAAUGUUAUUUUUUU